AUGGCGCCGCACUUGAGCAACGACGAGUUCUUCGCCUCGUUAACAACCCUCCUCACAAGCACCUCCAAAAAGACCCAAGGAAGCGUCUACCUCACCCAAAAACGCCUGACCAGCUCAUCCACCGACCCUUCAAUAACCGAAGGCUCAAUCCUCGUCCGCGCGACAGAUGGGAAGACACAAAACCCGAAGCCUAGCAAAACUACCGAUAACACAAAAGUGACUAAAAAGAAGGCGGCCCCCAAAUCGAAGUUGUCAACUGUCGUGAGUCCGGCGGAUUUGGAGGCGUUUUUUGUCAAGUAUGCGGAUAUCUGUAAGGCGGGGAUGGUGGGAUUGAAGAAGAGGGAUCGUAGCGCGAAGAAGAAAGGGAAGGCGAAGACUAAGUCUGGAAAGGCUUGA